GGUGCCCAGGGGCUUGCCACCCGCCGUGCCUGCCGGGGGAUUUAGUGCGCGCCCCCCGGAUGCCACCAGGAUGCCCGGAGCGUUGCUGAGCUAGCUCAGAGCCCGGCCCUGCUCCCGAACGGCACCGUGGGCAGCCCCUGGCGUGAGCGGGCAGCCCCUGGCGUGAGCGGGCAGCCCCUGGCGUGAGCGGGCAGCGUGCGGCACUUCCCCCGCGGUGGGAUGGCCUCCGCCGCCCCGUGAGGGUCCAGCCCCCCAGGUGAGGUCCCCCCGCCGCCCCGCCAUGCUGCUGGGCCCCUGGCUGGUGGCGGCAGCGGCGGUGGCGGCGGCGGGCGCCGGGGCAGGCUGCCCGGUGCUGUGCACGUGCCGCGGGCAGGCGGUGGACUGCAGCGGGCAGAGGCUCUUCUCGGUGCCCCCCGAGCUGCCGCUGGACACCAGCAACCUCAGCCUGGCUCACAACCGCAUCGCCAGCAUCCCGCCCGGGUACCUGGCCUGCUACAGCCAGCUGCGCGCCCUCGACCUGCGCAACAACUCCCUGUCGGCGCUGCCCGCCGGGCUCUUCGCGGGCGCCCGGCGCCUGGCACACCUCGACCUCAGCCACAACAACUUCAGCCUGGUGCCCGCCGAUAUGUUCCUGGAGGCCAGCGGGCUGCUGCGCCUCGACCUCAGCCACAACCCCGGCCUGCGCCGCCUCCACCCCCACGGCUUCCGCGGGCUGGCGCAGCUGCGGGAGCUGGACCUCAGCUACGGGGGGCUCUCGGCCAUCAGCCUGGACACCCUGGAGGGGCUGCCGGGGCUGGUGGGCCUCCGCCUGGGGGGCAACCCCUGGGUGUGCGGCUGCGCCAUGGAGCCCCUCCUCAAGUGGCUGCGGGGACGCAUCCAGCGCUGCGCCUCGGAUCCGCAGCUGGCCGAGUGCCAGGCGCCCCCCGAGGUGGCCGGAGCCCCCCUGCUCUCGCUGACGGAGGAGAGCUUCCAGGCUUGCCACCUCACGCUGACGCUGGACGACUAUCUCUUCAUCGCCUUCGUCGGCUUCGUCGUCUCCAUCGCUUCGGUGGCCACCAACUUCCUGCUGGGCAUCACUGCCAACUGCUGCCACCGCUGGAGCAAGGCCAGCGAAGAUGAGGACGUUUAGGCAGCCGCUGCUGUCACCGCCGACGUCCCUCCGCCCCGGUGGGGACCCCUGACUGUGCCUUGUCCUCGUCCCCUCCCGCCAGCCCCCGUGC